GUCUCCAAGUUAGCGGUCAUUCCAGACAUGUUUGGACAUGUAAAAUGAAGAUUUUGACUGUAAGACUGUCAGUGUUGAAUGGAACUUAGAUGAACAAAUGUAUUUUCGCUUUUAAAUGGAGCUGUGUCGUCUAAGAUAGCGGGAGCGACAAAAGGAUGGAACUUAAUAAUGGCCGAGUUACCGCAAAUUCCAACAACGUGGGAAGUGAACAUGCAGCCGACGGGAAUCACGUGAUGAAAAAUGAGGCCUCAGUGUCCAGAUCUAAAUUGAGACUUGUCCCAAAAUGGAUCCUUGUCUUCAUCCUGAUCAUCAUCAUCGUCAUCCUUGCAGGCAUUGCAGUCGUGCUCUGGUAUUUUCUUGAGUAUCAGGUGUGGGUGUUGGAGCCCCGGGUUCAGCUGCAGUACACAGGCAGUAUUACCAUCCUCAACAGGAACUUCUCCAAAGGGCUGUCCUCCCAUACAAGCAAAGCUUUCAAAACAGAGGCCAAAGCUGUACAGAAUAUGGUGAAAAAGUUAGUAACUUCCACAGACAUUUCCCGCUACUUUAACUCUACCACUGUGUUCGCUUUUGGGGAUGGUAGUAUUGUUGCACACUUUUGGUUGCUCUUGUCCGUACCGGCCAGCCAUGUUGAGAAGGUCAGCCUGAGGCAGGUUAAUGAUAGCAUUCAUAAGGGACUCCACAUGUACAAGGUCAGAGGAGCAGAAAACUCGACUGUCUGUGAGGACUAUCUCUUACACUUACCUUCCUUUACGCUAAUAGAAACCGACCCUAAGGUCAUAGAUCUUUUGAAAGCCUCAUUUGAUUGUUACAGGUACCAGGAGGUGGUUUCCAAUGAGUUCGUAGUCCUCAGGGGCCCAAACACACAGCAGCCCUCCUGCCUGUGGCAUCUAAAGGCCCCUGAGGGGUUUCAGCUGGAGCUUAGAGUGGAGUGGUUGUUGCCUGAGUGCAGGGACCGGCUGGCAGUGUAUGAUGCACUCACACCGAGAGAUUCACAUCUCAUCACCUCUUUGUAUGGAUGUAGCAGGCAUGAACAGGUGGUGAGUUUGCUGUCAUCAGGAGAAUGGAUCUCUGUAAUCUGGAAGCAGGGGUUAUAUAACUAUAAACACCCUUUCUCCCUGUCUGCAAGGGCGUGGCCUUUUGAAGUUUGUUCUUUCACAAUUGACCUGAGGCCAGAGGAUGGAGUGCAGGGCAGCCUACGCACGCCAUUUUACCCGAGCUACUAUCCCCCAGACACAAACUGUUCAUGGCAUUUCACUCUUCCAUCGGUGGACUAUGGACUGAUGUUGCUCUUUGAGGGUUAUGAACUGAGUCGUGCCAACUAUGACCAGGCCUGCACACAAGGUCUGUGGGUCGUUCAGAACCGUAGACUGUGCGGGACACGUGGUCUUCAGCCGUAUGCUGAGAGACUUUACCUUCGCUCCUCUUCCACCUCCGUCACUAUGACGUCUGAAGUGUCUCUCACUGGACCGGGGCUGCAGGUCCACUACAGCUUAUUCAACCAAUCAGAACCAUGUCCUGGACAGUUCCUCUGUAGUCUGAAUGGACUUUGUGUCCCAGCUUGCGAUGGUAUCAGGGAUUGUGCCAAUGGUUUGGAUGAGAGGAACUGUGUGUGUAUAGCUCAGUACCAGUGUCCAGAGGACAGCCGGUGUAUUGACUACUACAAAGUGUGUGACCAGCAUCUAGACUGCCCCGAUGGAAUGGAUGAAGCAAACUGCACACUGGGUAUACCAUGCACUGAUAUGACCUACAUGUGCGCUGAUAGAUCAUGUCUGAAGAAACCAAACCCUGAGUGUGACUUGGUCACUGACUGUCUUGAUGCCUCCGAUGAAAAACACUGUGACUGUGGCCUAAGGCAGUUUUCCAGUCGUGUUGUGGGCGGGGAAAAUGCCACAGAGGGGGAGUGGCCUUGGCAAGUCAGUCUUCAAGUCAGUAGGCGGCACAUCUGCGGUGGGGCUCUAAUCUCCUCCCAGUGGGUGGUUUCAGCAGCCCACUGUUUUUAUGAUGAACGGCUGUACUCUCCCUCAGUGUGGACGGUGUAUUUGGGGAAGUUGUACCUGAGCAGGACCAGUCAAACGGAGGAGGCCGUGAGGGUGGCUCAGAUCCACUUGCACCAGUACUACGAUUACGAGACCCACGACUACGACCUGGCUCUGCUCAAGCUGCAGCGGCCUGUCUCGCCCGGAACUCUGGCCCAGCCUGCCUGCCUCCCCUCCCCUGUCCACCAGUUUGAACCUGGGCUACUCUGCUGGGUCACAGGCUGGGGGGCACUGGAGGAGGGAGGAACUGUGAGUGAUAUCUUGCAAAAGGUAGAUGUGCGACUUGUGAGUGAGGAUGCUUGUGUCCGUUCUUACGGUUACAUGAUCACUCCCAGAAUGCUUUGCGCUGGCUACCGUAGUGGAAAGAAGGAUGCUUGUCAAGGAGAUUCGGGGGGGCCUCUGGUUUGCCAGGAGACAGCCGGACGCUGGUUUUUAGCUGGAGUGGUUAGCUGGGGCAGAGGCUGUGGAAGACCUGACUACUAUGGCGUUUACACGCGCAUCACCAAACUGACAGACUGGAUCAAAGAACUCACCUCCACCUGAGGAGACGUCUCUUAUCUCUUAUUACAGUCACCCCUCAAACACUGUGCAUACCCCUGCUCCUGGUUGCGACCAUAGGCCUGUAUUCAAGCAAGGAUAUGGUAAAAAAAAAAAAAGCCAUUCAGCAACAGGUGUUGUGAACCUAUGCUGGUUUUGCUGCGCUGCUUCAGGCAAUUACUGUGGCUGUUUGGCUUGAACAUUCAUGAACACGGGAAUGCUCUCGAUUAUUUACUCUCUGGUUAGAUGAUGAUCAGAGCCAAAUCACGGUUGUAUACAAGAUGCAUAUACUAUCGAAAGACUUUAUUAACACUCUGUUAACAGAUACUAACACACACACACACACACACACAAACACACACAAGUGAGUGUACCUGUCUGCUCAUUCACCUGUCAGCUGUCAGUGGACAGAGAUCCUGAAAUAAGGUGAUACUCACAUGCUUCUGCUUUGUGAAGGAAUAAAAAGCGAAACUUGUGGAACUGAGCAGAAACCAGUGUUACUCACUUUAAAGAGAGAUUUAAUACACAAUGAAACUCCUCACAUCCCUCAUUUGUCUCAAAUACCACCCCUCUGGGCUUUCACUCAAAAGCACACGCGUGCAGUUUAGCAAAUGUUUCGAGCGGUCUAAAGCGGUCAGUUAUCCCUUUAAAAAAAGGUAAUGUAAGAAUGUUUUAUGCGACCGGCCAACGCUGGGAACGGAAUGGAUCAAGGGGUUGUUAUCGCACCUUCUACGUUUUUUUUU